GUUUGAAACUGUAAUUUUCUCAGCUGUAAAUAGACCAAACAUAUGCAACACAGUGCAGUACCAGGCACUCAUUCAUUACGUCACCAUAAAUAUCUGCAAUAUAUUAUCAACUUCGUAUUUACUUGAAUUACUUGCCUUUCCAAGCGAUACGCGUUUUCCUUAAUGGUUUGAUUUCUUUCCCUUUUUGUCUAAAAAGUUUCCCCUUUUUUGUUAUUUCUAUCUUACACAGAGACACAGAAAAGCUUCAAGUUAUUUAUUUUCUGUGUCUGUGUGUGUGUGUAUAUAUAUAUACUUUAGUGAGUGAUUUGUUCAUUCAUUCUGUGAAAGUGGAUCUGUGUCUGGCCUUUUUGGAUGGAGACCUUUCGCGUAUCUUUUCUUCUGUCUCUCCUUUUCUUUGUUUCUACGUUUCAUGGAGGAAUAUCCAGAAGAAUUGGGAGCACCAAAGAUGGAUCGGAGGAGUGGGGUUAUGUUGAAGUUAGACCCAAAGCGCACAUGUUUUGGUGGCUCUAUAGAAGUCCAAACAGAGUUGAAGAUCCCUCCAAACCCUGGCCAAUCAUUCUCUGGUUGCAGGGUGGACCUGGUGCAUCAGGCGUUGGUAUAGGAAAUUUUGAGGAAGUUGGGCCUCUGGACACCAGUUUAAAGCCAAGGAAUUCAACUUGGCUACAAAAAUCUGAUCUUCUAUUUGUAGAUAAUCCGGUGGGAACAGGAUACAGUUAUGUGGAGGACACAAGUUUGUUUGUGAAAACUGACGACGAAGCUGCAACUGAUCUGACCAAAUUGUUGGAGAACUUAUUCAACAAAAACGAUAAUCUUCAAAAGAGUCCUCUGUACAUUGUGGCAGAGUCUUAUGGAGGAAAGUUUGCAGUCACUCUCGGAUUAUCAGCCCUUAAAGCCAUCGAAUCCGGCAAGUUAAAGCUUAAACUUGGAGGAGUGGCUUUGGGUGAUACUUGGAUUUCCCCUGAAGAUUUUGUGUUCUCUUGGGGUCCUCUUCUCAAAGAUGUGUCGCGGCUUGACAACAAUGGUGUUAAGAAAUCAAACAGUCUGGCUCAGCAAAUUAAGCAGCAAAUCAGCGAAGGUCGUUACGUCGAUGCAACAAAUUCUUGGAGUGAACUUGAGGGAGUUAUUGGCUCAAGCAGCAACUCUGUGGAUUUCUACAAUUUUCUUCUGGAUUCUGGGAUGGAUCCAGUGUCUCUAACAACAGCAGAAUUAUCACAAGGAAUGUCAAUGAAGAGAUACUCAAGAUAUUUGAGUUCCCUGAGGGCUUUUCCCGGAGGGGUUGGAGAUAUUGAUAGCUUGUUGAAUGGUGUAAUUAGGAAGAAGCUUAAGAUAAUCCCGCUUAACGUAACAUGGGGAGGGCAAUCGGAUCAUGUUUUCUCAGCGAUGGAAGGAGAUUUUAUGAGACCAAGGAUUAGUGAGGUUGAUGAGCUUCUGAAUAAGGGGGUCAAUGUGACAGUGUACAGUGGGCAACUUGAUGUUAUUUGUUCAACCAAGGGGACUGAAGCUUGGAUUGAGAAACUCAAGUGGGAAGGGCUUGAAAGCUUUUUGAGUAAGGACAGGACUCCCCUGUUUUGUGGUAAAGAAAAGAUUACAAAAGGAUUCACAAAGUCAUACAAAAACCUACACUUUUAUUGGAUUCUUGGAGCUGGCCACUUUGUGCCAGUGGAUCAACCCUGCAUUGCAUUAAACAUGGUGAGUGCAAUCACACAGUCUCUUGCGUCAGACAAGUGAGAGAAUGAUAUUAUUGUUACAGCCAAACAAGGACUCUAGUUUGAUAGCAUGUGCUGAUGUGCAUGUUCUCGCACAGCUACAGCUACAGCUACAGCUACAGCUACAGCCAGUGAGAGAGAAUCAAUGGAAGAUUAUCCAGUCUCCACUAACGUAUUGAUCUAUUAGGGACAGUCUUCAGGGGCCUGGUAAUUGUAGUAUUGUACGGUGUGUGAAAUAUCAAAUUUGAGUUUUUUUUUUGGGUUC